AUUUAAAUUAAAAAAAAAAGAGCGAGCGGCAGGAGGGGUAGGCCCGCCCGCGAGUGAGACCUCGAGAGAUCGGAAGUUCAGAACAGAACAGAGAGAACCGUUUUCCAAUUUCCAUCAAUCGAAAGCAGUGAACAGAACAAGAGUUCAAAAAAUAAAAUAAAAAUGAGCGGUGGUCGACUGUGCACAUUGCUCGUCGAAUUGGGUUACGAAGGAACAAAAUCAAGUUCAGGAUCGGAUUCAUUGGACCCUGAUAGCUUCGAGUGGCCUUUCCAAUACGAAGACACUCGUCCUAUCCUCCACUGGAUCUGCUCCACUCUUCGUCCCUCCAAUAUCCUCUCUCCUUCCGAACUCUCUCAGUAUGAACAAUUCAAGCACCAAGGGAAAUUAUUGGAAGGUGAAGAUUUGGAUUUUGCUUUCGACAGCAUAUCUGCUUUCUCUGAUACUACUGAUAAUCAGGAAGCCCUUUUCGGACCUCACGAGCCUCUCAAUUUGAAGGAUAUCAAGGAGGCAACUUUGGCAUAUAAAACUGAAGCUGCUGAUUUGCAAAGACAGCUAAGGCAUCUUCAAUCUCAAUUCGACAUGCUUUCUAGUCAGGCUUCGACUUUGACACAAGGGAGGCGAGCGCGUGUUGGUGCGACUUCUGUUGUCAACGGACACCUCACAACUAUUGAUGAUAGCCUUUCUGGAAGAAAUCUAGAGAUGAAUGCAGUUCUUGGAAGAAUUGCUUCCACAUCAGAGGAGUUGGCUCAUUACCAUUCAGGAGAUGAAGAUGGAAUAUAUUUGGCAUACUCAGACUUCAGCCAAUUUUUGCUUGGAGACUCAUCUUGUUUAAAAGAGCUAAAUCAGUGGUUUGCUAAGCAACUAGACACAGGUCCAUUUCGACUUGUUGCUGAGGAGGGGAAAUCUAAAUGCUCUUGGGUGAAUCUUGAUGAUACCUCAAGUAAUUAUGUUAGAGAUUUAGAAAAAUCUCAUCAUCAACGUGUGUCAGAGUUGCAGCGGCUUCGUUCAAUAUUUGGAAUAAGUGAAAGACAAUGGGUGGAAGCACAAGUUGAGAAUGCCAAGCAGCAGGCCAUUUUAAUGACACUUAAAUCACAAGUAUCAUCAGAUGAAGCUCACAUUCAUCUUGAUCACCAUUCUCUUAGGAGAAAGCAUUCUGAAUUGAAAGGAGAACUUUCAAAUCUUUAUAACCAUGAAGAAAAGCUCCUAUCAGAGACUAUUCCAGAAUUGUGCUGGGAAUUAGCUCAACUCCAAGACACUUACAUUUUACAAGGUGAUUAUGAUUUGAAGGUCAUGCGCCAAGAGUACUACAUUAACCGGCAGAAAGCGUUCAUAAACCAUCUCGUCAAUCUGCUUGCCAGGCAUCAGUUCUUAAAGAUAGCCUGCCAGUUGGAAAAAAAGCACAUGCUUGGAGCAUAUUCUUUGCUCAAGGUUAUCGAGUCUGAGAUGCAAGCAUACCUGUCUGCAACAGAGGGUCGAGUGGGUCGUUGUCUAGCUCUUAUCCAAGCUGCAUCUGAUGAUCAAGAACAAGGGGGAGUACAUGACAGUGAUUAUUUUUUGCAUGCUAUUAGAGACCUACUGAAAAUUUAUUCAAAUACUCAAGCCGCACUGUCAACAUAUGUAUCAGCACCAGGCAUUGUCCAGCAAAUAUCAGCCCUUCAUUCAGAUCUGAUGUCACUUCAGUCGGAUCUUGAUAAUUCUCUUCCAGAAGAGCGAAAUAGGUGUAUUAAUGAACUGUGCAACCUUAUUCAAAGUAUGCAGCAACUUCUCUUUGCAUCUUCAACAACUGCACAGCCAAUACUGACCCCUCGGCCAUUGAUGAAAGAGCUCGAUGAGAUGGAAAAGAUUAACGUGAAGCUCUCUGCUGCAGUGGAAGAGGUGACACUAGAGCAUGUCAAGAAAAAUGAGAUUGUAAAACACCAUUCACAAGAAAUUGGACUUCAAAGGCGUGUCUUUGUAGACUUCUUUUGCAAUCCAGAACGGCUUAGGAGCCAAGUUAGGGAACUGACUGCAAGGGUCAGAGCCUUGCAAAUUUCUUAGCAAACAUAAGUACCCUCUUAUUUUUCAUCCUCUUUUUGUUGUUCCUUCUUUAUGGUUAUCUUUUUUCUUCAUUUUUCCCUAUAUUAUCUCCAUCUCCGAGUGUGCAAUGUGUUAUCCUGCAUGUGUUUUAACAUUCAACUAUGUAUUCAUUGCCUUGUUUAUAAUGUAAUAGAAAAACUUUACUACAGAAGCCUUUUUCA